AUGGAAUGCUUCACCCCGAUAGGUGGCUUUCAGCUGCCAAUUCAGCGCCGACUCAGCCGUCUCUAUAAUGAUACCAAGAAAUCCAGUGAUUUUGUCAGGGAGCCCAUUCAAAACGACGAAAGACCGGAAAUGAAAUCGUUGCAUCGCAAGCUUCGCAUCCAAAAGGAUCGCCUGGUGAGCUGGGGGCUGGAGUGGUCGGACCCAAAUCAGUCAGCUGAAAUAGACGAGUCUCUUUCCAAGGCUGGACUGAGCGAGGUGGUUGGCAGUAUAAUGUCGACCAUUAAGGACAUCUUGGCUGAAGCGGAACCGCUGUGGCAGAGCUCCAAGCAUGUCACAAGCCGGCCAUCCCCUCAUCGCAAAGUACCCAUCGUCCAGUGGGAUAGCGCUCGCUUUGAGGAUCUUGUGCGAGACCUGACUGCGUCGAUUGACACCUUGUACGAUUUGUCCCGGACCAGAUCAUCCGACUAUUUUCCCAGGAGGAUGUCGAAAACGACAUACAAGUCGCAAAGCACGGAUGAAUCCCGGCCAUUCGAGUCGAGUCGUAGGCAGACACCGCAGCAGAUCAACCCAGAGAACCUCACUCAUCUUCGAUCAAAGCAACAAGACGAUGCCGCCAUUCCCCUGAGAGAGGUAGUUUUCAUGAGCAAGACUGCUUACUCGGAGCUUACUCAAGGGUCAACGACCAGGGAACCUUGGGCCCCCCUUCUUCUUGAAUAUGCUACAUUUGACUCUAUUUACUCGGUAACCGGAGUCAUGCCUCCCAUGUCGAGGUUUGAGAAACUCUCUUCCGCCCUUCAGCAGGAACCCCAGAGGGCCCCCGGGACUUGGACGGGGCUGCCUCGCCUUUUGGGCUAUUUUGAGGAUAUCGACAAUUCCAGAAUAGGUCUUGUUUACAGGUUUCCCGCUUCUUUCAACCAUGGUCCGGUCGAGCGACUGACUCAGCAUUCUUUGUACAGCAUGCCAACAUUGCGCGAUUUGCUUACCUGUCAAGAGGAGCCACCACUGGAAGCAAAGUUCAGAAUGGCUUAUAAUUUGACUAAUACUAUUUUUGACAUGCACGCAAGGGGCGUCACUCAUGGAAAUCUAACAGAUUCAAACAUAUCAUUUGGCGAGGAAUCCAUACAGGCAUUUGACGGUCCAAAUGCCGAGAUUGAUGUGCGACGGCCCCUUGUUUCUUCAUUCGACUUGUUUCCAGAAGACGGCACUGCAGCUCAGAUAUCUCCCUGGCGACAUCCUCUGGAUCCGCGAACUUUACAGUCUUCACUUGGUCAGUCAGCUGAUGAGCGAAUUCUGGAAUUGUAUUCGCUUGGCAUGGUGUUGCUCUCCAUUGGUCUCUGGACAAAACUGGAGACCCUUUGGCCUGACCCAUCGUCCAUGGUCAUCCCAGGGUCAACGUUGGAGCGGUUGGCAACCCGGUGUGGAACUCUCUAUAUGAAAGCUGUUCAGGCCUGCUGGGACGCAGUUGACAAUCAGCUGAACGGGAAAGGCCGCGGUGAGGCCCUCUUAUCAAUGGUGCAAAUGCAGGCUAGCCGGUUUCUGGAGACUUGCUGCAUCUUGGAUGGUGUAAGUGGUCUGGAACAGCGCUUGAACCAGGAGCUUCGGGAAGUACCGUCUGCCCAGCAUCCUGCAGAGUUGAGCGAGGACGCCAAGUCUCCUGCGUGUUAUCCAGCGAAGAAGGAGCAAGACAACAGACGAUCCGAUUCAGCAUCCGAAACUGCAGACCAUGCAGAAUCGGCGGAAGCUGAUGCCGGAGGCAAACAGAAGAUGAAGCUUUAUCCUCAGGUAUCGCUAUCACCCGACAUUGUUGAUAAGUGGAAUACUAUCUUGAUGCCGCAGAUUGAUCAAGCCUUGCGACACUUUUAUCGGAAGCACUCCGAGUCUGUCGAGAUCUCGUUGGAGUCCGUUGGACCGAGUCCACAUGCAACACAGCCCACCGUGCUGGUGAUUUGCACAUCAGUUGGCAAAGUUCGGGCCAUCCUCAAGAAGCGGCUGGGCGAACUUUUUGAUGGCACGACAGGUUUCGGUCUUAAGGUGUGCCGCGGCCAUGUCCUUCGAUCUCGGCGCCACUCAAAGCCAGUUAUUCCAUCUAUGGCUCGAAAAAAUUCCAGCUCAAGCACAAAUGGUGGCGACCAGGCGAACGGGGAUGGCGAAGUCGCGGCGGUGAACCCGGCAUAUCAGGAGCGCCCAGGGAAUGGGGCUAGUAUUGGUGCUUGGAUUGGUGACCGACAUCUGCCUCCAGUGAGCUUUGGAGGUCUCAUCUUGGUGGAUGAUAAACCGUACGGCAUGACGGUUCACCAUAUGCUGGAUGAUCCAGACGGUGAUGCCAUCCAGAACGAAACCCUCCGCAGCAGCGCUGGACUUGAUGGCUACGGCUGGUAUGCCGAAUUCAUGGAGAGCAGCCAGGAUGGUGAUGACUUUGCCUACGAGCUGUCUGAUACUGAAUCAGAAGCAUACUCGGAAACGGACAUAACAAGCGACCAAAGUGAUGAUGAUGAGGAUGACGAGCAAGAGGGGACAAACAAGUUUGAGCCUGGAGACACUCCUGGCAUUGAACCAGGAUGUGGGGAAGGGUAUAUUAUUACGCAACCUGCUUUGGAUGAUGUUGAAGAAGGGUUUUAUCCUUGUGCUGAGACAGAAGACGAAGAUCACUUGGACACGUUUACUCUGGGAGAAAUGUAUGCUUCGAGUGGCAUCCGCCGCAAGCAGGCCCAUGGCCUGACUCACGAAGUGGACUGGGCUUUGUUCCAGUUUGCGGAUGGACGCCUUCCGAGCGACAACUUGAUUCCUCGAUUUGACGACGGAUGCCCAAACACCACGGCCGCCCAUGCCGGCUCUCGCAAAGAAGCCGGAAGCCUUCGGCCGACGAGCCUGGCCCCUUCAUCAACGCUGCCGGGGAUGGAGGUGCAGUGUUUGGCGCGCACUAGUGGAUUGCAAACGGGUCUUAUUCUGCCCACCUUGACAAGCGUCAAAAUCUACGGUCGGUGCUCACCAAGCCACGCAUACCAGGUUGCCCAUACACCAGUGACCAGAAGUGCCGGCAAUAAGACCCUGCACAACAUACCACUGGGCAUUCCCGGCGACAGCGGAGCAUGGGUAGUAAGUCGUCAAGACGGCCGAUUGUGCGGGCAUGUCCUGGCCUGGAGUCAGCGCAAGCGUGUUGCCUAUAUUAGCCCGAUGGAUGUUCUCUUGCUAGAUGUGGCUGCCACCCUGCACGCCUCUGAAGUUCGUCUACCAGGCGGAGAACCGGUGGUUUCAGUGCAAGAUGCCGACCAGGACCAAGACGUCGGGAAAGCCAAGAAGGAUGAAGAUUCGGAUGCCUCGGCCGAGGAUGAAGAGGAUGAAGCGGCGGAGAUGGCGGCGGAGAUGACGCCGGCAACCUGGCAGGUACAGGCUGAUAGCUCACGGGCAGCAGCAUACAUUCCAAGCUCGAGUAACCAGGAAUCACCGAAACCCUUGCGAUUCGAGACGUCGGGCGAGCUGCCCGGGCUGGCAGGUCGACUGAAAGAUGCAAAGAUUGGUCGCACGCCGAGGAUAGGAGUAAGCGGGUGA